AUGAAGUUCAACCCUUUCGUUACCUCGGACCGCAGCAAGAACCGCAAACGCCACUUCAGUGCCCCUUCGCAUGUGUGCAGGAAGAUCAACAGAUUGACAACGUCGUCCAGGUGUACAGAAAGAAGCCGUUGUCCUGAAUCCCCGCGCUCCGUGACCCUGCCUGUGCCCGGGACUCCCAACCCCCGGGCCUGGGCGGCCGCCGCUCCCCUGAAAACCUCGGGCUCAGCGGCUCCAGGACACGCGGGGCACGUGGUUUGUCGGGACUGUGGGAAAACCUUUGUCCAAUCCAGUGACCUCAAUGUACAUAGAAGAAUUCACACAGGAGAGAGACCUUACGAAUGUCAGGACUGUGGGAAAACAUUUACCCGGUCAAGUCUGCUCGGGCUACAUAGAAGAAUUCACACAGGGGAGAGACCUUACGAAUGUCAGGACUGCGGGAAAAGAUUUUCGCGAUCAGAUAACUUCACUGUACAUAGAAGACUUCACACAGGAGAGAGACCUUAUGAAUGUCAGGAAUGUGGGAAAACAUUUUCAGAAUCACGUGUGUUCAAAAAACAUAGAAAAGUUCACACCGGUGACAGACCUUACGAAUGUCAGGACUGUGGGAAAGCCUUUGCACAAUCAUGUCACCUCACUGAACAUAGAAGAAUUCACACAGGAGAGAGACCUUACGAAUGUCCGGACUGUGGGAAAAAGUUUUUACAAUCAAGGCACCUCACGUCACAUAGAAGAAUUCACACAGGAGAGAGACCUUACGCAUGUCAGGACUGUGGGAAAACAUUUGCACAAUCAAAUCAACUCACUGAACAUAGAAGAGUUCACACAGGAGAGAGACCUUACGAAUGUCAGCAAUGUGGAAAAGCAUUUCCACACUCAAGGUACCUCAAGAUACAUAGAAGAAUUCACACAGGAGAGAGACCUUACGAAUGUCAGGAAUGUGGGAAAACAUUUACACAUUCAGGUGCCCUCACUGUCCAUAGAAGAACUCACACAGGAGACAGACCUUUCGAAUGUCAGGACUGUGGGAAAACAUUUCCACAUUCAAGUAUGCUCACAGGACAUAGAAGAAUUCACUCAGCAGAGAGACCAUAG